AUGGAAGUUAAUAAUUUUUGUUAUAAAGACAUUAAAUUUAUUGACCAUACUGUAGUAAUUGCGAACUUGCUCGAAAGUUCUGGAGAGGUUGCUUUGAAAUUGUUCGAAUCUUGGAAGAAAGAAGAUUUAGAGCUUGUACAAUUUAAAAGCGGAAUCACUAAUAAACUUGUAAAAUGUACAAAUAAACAUUUCCAAGUUACUGUAUUGAUCCGUACUUAUGGUAAAAAGUCAGAUGUCAUUAUUGACAGAGUAAUGGAAACGACGAAUAUAGUGUCUUUAUCUAAGCAUGGAUUAGUCCGUGAAGUUUAUUGCCGAUUUAACAACGGAAUUGUAUAUGGUUAUACUCCUGGUCGUGCACUUUCCGUACCAGACAUGAGUAAUCAGCAUAUAUGCCUGCUUAUUGCAGAACAUAUGGCAGUUUGGCAUAAAGUAAACAUUUCUAAUGAGAAUGAAUCAUCAUUAUUUCCAGUUUUAUGGAAAUGGUUAAAAGAAGUACCGAGAUCGUAUGCCGAUCCAAAAACUGAUGAGAAAUUUCAAAAAAAUUUUAAAUUAGAAGAACUCUUUAAUGAAUUGACCAAUUUAGAGAAUGAAUUAGUAAAGAUAGGAUCACUUGUUGUAUUUUGUCAUAAUGACCUUUUGAGUGGAAAUAUCAUUUAUGAUGAAGCCAUAAACAAAAUCUCGUUCAUAGAUCUUGAAUAUGGAUCAAUGAAUUAUAGAUCAUUUGACCUUGCAAAUCAUUUUAAUGAGUUUGCAGGAUUUGAGUGCGACUAUAGUUUGUACCCAUCUAAAGAAUUUCAACAAAAAUGGCUGAGACAUUAUCUUUGUUCAUAUAAGCCGGGUGCCACAAUUACUGACGAAGAAGUUAAUGAAUUAUACCGAGAAGUCAACAAAUUUGCAUUAGCAUCCCAUUUUUACUGGGGUGUGUGGGGGUUGGUUCAAGCCCAAUUCUCAGAAAUUAAUUUUGACUAUAUAGGAUAUGCGAAAUUAAGGUUUGGAGAAUAUUAUAAUAAAAAAGAAGAAUUUCUAGCAUUAUAA